CGGGAGAGACCCGCAAUAAAUAGUUGUAGGUUGAUUGACAAGCCUCGUUAUCUCUCCCCCUGCCGUCGCCUGCAGCUCAACUUCUGUUUCUCAUUUGGGAAAGAAAGUGUUGCGCUGCAGAGUCUCGGUGGACCCGCAGACUCUCACCCGCGCAGACUCUUUGAACCCCGGGCCGCUUAGGUCACAGAGACGCCGAGAAAGCGGUCAGAGGGUGAACGUAAUGUUAUGAAGAUCGCCGAUGCGUCGAGCUGUUCUUGUGUUUUACGACGGACAAAGAGGAACUUAACUGGAUUACAUUCGCUUUAUUAAACAGUAGGCUUUUGUUGGACUUGGUUCAAGAGGAUGGAGCUGAGGAAAAUUGUGCCAAACCUGCUUGUUCUGUAUGUUGCUGUCCACUUUUCUCAAUCGUCCGAAAUUAAAGUAAUCAAUGUGCUGGAGCUUCAUGAUGUCCGUCAGACAGCAGCAGCUAUAGAGAAUCUGUCUGGAGCUCUGCAGACGGUUGGAGAUCUGUACAUCACCUCCACCUUCAUGCUGCCACCCAAACUCGGAGGCGUUUUAUUUGGUCUCUAUGAUAAGCAGGACAACAAGAAAUACCUAGAGAUUGCUGUUGUAGGCAAGAUCAACAAAUUACUGGUGCGAUACUUGCGUUCUGAUGGCAAAGCUCAUACUGUCAAUUUACAAAACCCUGCUCUCGCAGAGGGACGCACACAGUCACUUAUACUCAGAAUUGGUGGACUUAGACGGAGUCACAUAAACCUUGAGCUUUAUGUGAACUGCCGUUUAGUCGACUCUGCUCAGGGAUUGCCUUCAUUCGUCGGACUUCCAUCAGAGGCGGAAUCUGUGGAUGUUCGCACCGGACAGAAGUCUUAUGCCAGGAUACAGGGUUUAGUAGAAUCUGUUAAACUGGCUCUCGGAGGCUCUUUGGCUACUGCUGGUCUCCUCAUUGACUGUCCGUUUCAAGGAGAUUCAGCAAUAAACAAUGCAGUGGUCAGUGACAUUAAUGCCAUCCUUGGUGAUCACACCAAAGCUCUGAUUGGACAGCUGAUCAUCUUUAACCAGAUCAUGGGAGAGCUGAGAGAGGAUAUCAGAGAACAGACUAAAGAGAUGUCUCUAAUCAGGAACACUAUUCUUGAAUGUCAAGUGUGUGGAUUUCAUGAGCCCCAGUCCCGGUGUCUUCCUAACCCAUGCUAUACCGGUGUAAGCUGCAUGGAGAGCAUGAUGUACCCAGGAUAUCAGUGUGGCCCCUGUCCAGAGGGUAUGACGGGCAACGGGACACACUGCCAGGAUAUUGAUGAGUGCACUGUUCAGCCCUGUUUUUCUGCAGAGUUGUGUGUGAACACAGCUAAAGGUUUCUCCUGUCAGUCCUGUCCUAUAGGAUUCACCGGUCCAACACUCAAAGGGGUUGGUUUGGAAUUUGCCAAAAGACACAAACAGCAUUGUGUUGAUAUUGAUGAGUGUGCUGAGCUCUCCGGUUCCUGUGUGCCAAACUCAGUCUGCAUAAACACAGUGGGAUCGUUCAAGUGUGGCCAGUGCAAAGCAGGAUUUGUGGGAAAUCAGACUGUAGGCUGUUUUGCAAGGAGAACAUGUGAAACUCUUGGCUAUAGCCCCUGUGAUGUCAACUCACACUGUGUGAUGGGACGCAAUAGUGACGUGUCCUGUGUGUGUAAUGUUGGCUGGGCAGGUAAUGGGAACAUCUGUGGUCCAGACUCAGACAUUGAUGGUUACCCUGAUGAACCUCUUCCAUGUAUGGACAAUGACAAACACUGCAGAGCGGAUAAUUGUGCAAACACUCCAAACUCUGGGCAGGAGGAUACAGAUGGAGAUGGCAUUGGUGAUCAGUGUGACGAGGAUGCAGAUGGAGAUGGAAUUAAAAACGUUGAGGACAACUGUCGUCUGGUGCCCAACAAGGACCAGCAGAACUCUGACACAGACUCCUAUGGUGAUGCUUGCGACAACUGCCCCAACGUACCCAACGGCGAUCAGCUUGAUACUGAUGGCAAUGGCAAGGGAGACAUCUGUGACACUGAUAUUGAUGGAGAUGGGAUCCCUAACGUUUUGGAUAACUGUCCUAAAAUACCCAACCCCAUGCAGACAGACCGAGAUGGAGAUGGUGUGGGGGAUGCAUGUGACAGCUGUCCUGAGGUCAACGACCCACUGCAGUCAGACAUGGACAAUGAUCUGGUGGGAGAUGUAUGUGAUACAAACAAGGACAUUGAUGGUGAUGGAUAUCAGGACACCAGGGAUAACUGUCCUGAAGUGCCCAACAGUUCUCAGCUGGACUCUGAUAAUGACGGCAUCGGGGACGAAUGUGACGAUGAUGAUGAUAAUGAUGGCAUCCCGGAUAUUCUCCCUCCAGGCCCAGAUAACUGCAGACUCGUUCCCAACCCCAGUCAAAUAGACACUGAUGCCAAUGGAGUUGGUGACGUGUGUGAAACUGACUUCGACAAUGAUAAAGUGACUGACCUGUUAGAUGCGUGUCCUGAAAGCGCAGAGGUCACUAUGACAGAUUUCAGAGCUUUCCAGACAGUCAUUCUUGACCCAGAAGGUGAUGCUCAGAUUGACCCCAACUGGGUGGUACUGAAUCAGGGAAUGGAGAUUGUGCAGACUAUGAACAGUGACCCUGGUUUGGCUGUGGGCUACACAGCAUUUAAUGGUGUUGAUUUUGAGGGCACGAUCCAUGUGAACACAGCCACUGAUGAUGAUUACGUGGGCUUCAUCUUUGGCUAUCAGGACUCAUCCAGCUUCUAUGUGGUGAUGUGGAAACAGACAGAACAGACGUACUGGCAGAAUUUACCAUUCAAAGCCUUGGCUCAGCCUGGAAUACAGCUGAAGGCAGUGAAGUCUCGUACGGGUCCGGGUGAGUAUCUACGUAAUGCCCUGUGGCACACAGGAGACACAACAGGGGAAGUUACUUUGCUCUGGAAGGACCCCAGAAAUGUUGGCUGGAAGGACAGAGCAUCCUAUCGCUGGCACCUCUCUCACCGUCCACAGGUGGGAUACAUAAGAUUAAGACUAUAUGAAGGUACAGCGCUGGUGGCAGAUUCAGGAGUUGUGAUUGACUCCACUAUGAGAGGAGGAAGGCUGGGAGUUUUCUGCUUCUCUCAGGAAAAUGUCAUAUGGUCCAAUCUUGGCUAUAGAUGCAAUGAUUCUAUACCAGAUGACUUUAUGCUGUACCACAAGCAGAUGAAACUGAGGACAUAAUCAUCACCUCAUGUCAAAAAGCUGCAUCUACUUGUGUUUGUGAUUAUGUGUGUGUUCAGAGAGGUAGGAAGAGAUCACACUUAAAGGGUUAAUUCACCCAGAAAAUAAAAUUGUUUUAUUGAUUACUUACCCUCGUGUCAUUCCAGCCUCCUGAGAUGGCAACAUAAAUGGCAACGCUCUAGAGACAUUCAAAAUUAAAAAAAAAAAAUGUCAAAACAUUCCAUUCACCUUCAGCUGUUCAGCUGUAACCACACGAAGCUCCAAGAACACUUUUGUGCACAAAUAAAACUGUAAAUAUGACUUUGUUUACAUACUGUAUUAUCUCUCCAAUCAAAGUGCACAUUUACAAAGGCACCCUGACCUGAUGCACAGUGAACAAAGUCGAUUUAUAGUUUUAUUUUUUGCAUAUAAGAGUGUUCUUAUGGUUAGCUUUAUACAGCUUCGUGUGGUUACAGAUCUUGUUGCUGUCUUGUUGCUGCCCUGUUGGGUGAGGGCACACAGAUUUUAUAUAAAAUAUCCUAAUUAGUGUUCUAAAUAUAAAAGAUUGGGAAUGUCUUAUGAUUGGAACAACCUGAGGGUUUCAACAGGAUUUUCAUUUUGGGGUGAACUAACUAACCCUUUAAAUGAGUUUUUCUUUAUCUUGUGAAAUAGAAGUGUAAUUAGUUACAAUUUUAAACUACACUGCAAGUUUGCAUAGUAAAUGUAUGCUUGAAUUGUGGAGUAUCUUGAUGUGGUAUAGCAAAUAUGUUUACUUUUUACUGUAUUUGAGAGAGAGUCAAGAAAUGUUGAAAUUCAACAGGACUUCACUUAAAUCAAUGACCUGGACUGUGCAUAAAAUACUUCAAUACAACAACCUAACAUGGCAAACAUGAGGGCUUAAAUACAGGACUGGAGGAAUUACAUGAUAAAAACAUCCAAUGAUUGAACUAAAAUGAUAAACAAUAUAAUAUUGACUGUAAACCAGUGAUAAAAUCUGAUGUAACGCUAGAAUGUAAAACAUGGAGAAAACUAUAGGCCAGGAGUGCCCAAACUCAGCCCUAAAGGGCCACUGUCCAGCAGAGUUUAGCUCCAGCUUGCUUCAACACACCUGCUAGGAAGUUUCUAGUAUAUCUAGAAAAGCUAUGGUCACACUAGAGUUUGUGCAUGCGAUAUUCUGUAAUACGGUACUGCAAAAAAGGGGUGGGAUUAAACAAAAUGAUUAGACAUUAAAUAAAGUGAGCAAUUGGUUCAUGUUUUACAUUUCUGUCCAGAGAAGUCAUAAGAUCAUGUUGAUCUUUGAUUGGUCUCACCCAAUCAUGUGAUUUAAUUUCCAACGCUGCGAACUGCGAAACUUGUCACACGAGCUUGCGUUUCUGGUCUGACGCAUUUGCUUGUGUAUGAAUGGAAGUCUAUGGGGAGAAAAAUACAUUAUGACUGGAGCUUAAAGGGCCACAAAACCCCGUCUCAGCGGGGUGUUUUCACACCUCUAGUUUGAACAACAUCAGGAAAGUGGGUGUGUCCAGCUCUGUUUAGGUGGGGGUGUCAGGGGAGGGAAAGUUUCGCAUAAAAAUGGGAGAUUCCAUUUGGGCAUGCGCUGUUUUUUACAGAGGCAAAGCAAACACAGAUGCAGGGGAGAAAGACAGUGGCUGUGUUUACAUGGACAUCAGUAUUCAAAUUAUUUACCAAAUUAUUAAUUUGUCAACCUUAACUGCUGUUUGGCACUUUCACUUUCAUUCAGGAACAUUUCAUGCAUGCCCCCAUGACAAACGACAUAUUGGAUGCAAGGAACUGCUGAAAGAGUGUAGUUUUAAUGGAAUCUUUGAUUGACGGUAGGGUUUCGGUUUUAAUUCCUAUUUUGGCUUCUAACGAUUAUGAAAAAACAUAAAUCGAGAUGAAAUGAUUGUUGCAUCAUAUACCACCCCUUUUCCAGUUGUACACAUUUGCACAGCAAAGCUCAGUUUCACAUGAAAAUUACUAAAAGCAUGUACUGUAAUGUAAUAUUUGCAGCACGGUAUGUCCAUCAUUCAUUGGCGUACAUUCCAAUCAUUCAUGUUUUUAAAAGCGCUGUUGUGUGUGCGCUCAGCCUCCGAGACGAGCAGAGCACACACAUCUAAAAUCAUCUUAAUGUGAUCGCUUUAAUGGUCAAAUAGGUGUCAAAACACAGUGUUUAGUGAUUAUUCAUAUUAACCCUCAUUUGUGUAAUAAACAAACGAGUUGAGAAUCAACAGACAUGUAAAAGGGAAACCAUAAACAGAACCGGACGGCUCUUAAAGUGCAACAUUCCUGCUACCGACUGUUUUAAUCAUUAAUCAAACAACAAAAGAAGAAAAUCACUCACUGCUCUUGACUGAAGGACAGUUGUAGCUAUAAUUAAAGUUUUUUCUUACAAUGAAGAUGCUUAAGCAGUUCGUUAAAUAUUUUUAUUCUAAAGUUUUUAUUUACCUUAUUUACAGGGAGGGAAAUAACUGAAUUUAUACAGUUGAAGUCAGAAUUAUUAGCCCUGCUAAAUUAUUUGCGACCCUUUUUUUCAUUGAAUAAUUGUAACUGCAAUUAUAACCAAAGUAAUUGUGAUUAUGAUUUUUCCCAUAAUCGAGGAGCCCUACCGCACGGUGAAUGGGAGAAAAAAAUCUCCGCAUUUCUCUGUAACUUAGAUGCACUCGGUAGGUAGCAUCAGAUAGCCGUGUGUGUAUAGACUAUCCUGUCACAAAUUGUGGUGAAAAUCCUACACGACAGUAAUAGUGUGAUUGCGGCGUUUACAUGUUUACACUCUGAGCGCAGCAUUUACAGCUGAUCUUUAAGUCUAUAAUAUUGUAGUGACAUUACUGUAAACCUAGUAACUAAAUCAUUUUGACUAACGUGAGUCUUUAAAAACUGAAACAGUACUGCCGACAAUAUGAACGAACUGUUCUAACCAUCUGAAUAAACAAACAAAGACCACUGAUCACUCACAAAAUCUGUAGGUACAGGACAAUCAACACCAACUAGAGCGUCUUUUUUAAAAGGAGACGAGCAGCAAAUCUGGAUUUCACUAUUUCCAGAUGCGAAAAGCUCUCGGGUAAAAAUGUUCCUUACAAACAUAUUUCUGUGCGUGCACUGUAGUCCACACGUGAGUACAGCUGCUAAAAUAGUUAAGUUUUCUCAGGAAAUCAGGCUGUAUUUUGAGGUUAUUUGGUUGAUUUUCAGCCAUAGUACACACUAUGCAUCAAGAAUUUAGAGGAGAAACUUGAUGAAAAUGCAAAGACAGACAUCUUUGUAUGGUUUAGUCUAAAUGUAAACUAUUCUUAGAUGCUCAUAAAAGCUGUAAGGAAAAUGCCAUGGCAUUAUAAGCAAAACAUUGUUACUCAAACACUUCAAUUAUUGAUAUUAAGUUAUGAUCUUUAAAGCUAUGCAGUGAAUUCAUUCAGUAUGUGUGAUUUACAUGGGUUGGUGAAUACAGGAUAUAAUUCUGCUUUAUAAAUGGAAGUUGUCACAAAAUGUAAGAUCUGAGUGUUUGUCCUCUUGACCCACAUUAAAUAAAAUCAUCAAAAGGUA